UGCGGCGGUGGGGCCCCGGCCACCCCACUCCCCGCCAGCGACAGCGUGGAGCUGCGCAAGGCUGACGGCACCAUGCUCAGGCUCAUCAAAGCCAUCAUCGAGUCAGGGCAGAUCACCUGCGAGUUUCAGGUGCAGCACCUGACAAAGGUGGACACGGGGCUCUGGGAGUGCCGGGUCUCCACAACAGGGGGCCAGGACAGCCGGAAAGUCAAGGUCAACAUCCGAGUCCCCCUGGUGUCAUCCCUUCCUAAAACACCAGUGCCCCUGAGCCCCCCACGGCUGCUGGCCAAGCAGAGCCGCCAGCUCCUGGUUGCACCCGUGGACAGCUUCUCUGGCGAUGGACCCAUCAUCUCCAUCAAGCUGCUCUAUAAGCCCAAGGAUGACAACUCAGCAUGGUCAUCCAUUGUGGUUGACAACAGCGAGAACAUCACUGUCAUGAACCUCCGGCCAGUCACUGCCUACAUCGUCAAGGUGCAGCUGAGCCGGCCAGGGGAUGGCGGGGAGGGCAGCAAGGGGCCUGAGGCUGUGAUGGUGACCGAGUGCCUUGAGCCCUCAGUCAAGCCUGUGAUCGAAGGCUGGUCCAUAGAGGAGAAGAACACACUUCAUGUCAACUGGAAAUUGCCAAGUAACCAUGAGCCGGCACAUGGGUUCAUCGUCCAUCUCUUCGACUCUGCAAGGCGGCUGCUCUGGGAGAAAAACAUCACAUCCAUCUCCGUGCUCUCUGCCCGCAUUGGAGACCUGGAGUUCAACAAGGAGUAUGGGCUGGAGGUGCUGGCGUACCACUGCACCAGCCUGGGGCCCCCCUCCGACCUCUACAAGGUCAUGAUCAACAGCAAAGGGCCCUCCUCCCCACGAUUGCUCUCGGCAGACUCCGUGUCUGACACCGCUGUCAGGCUUUCCUGGCAGGUCCCCGAGUAUCCCAAUGGGGGCAUCACCAAGUACAUCGUGGAGCUGCAGCAGGUGGGGGGCACCAGUGAGCCCCAAUGGAUCGACACCGACAGUGGCGCUGAGACCACGAAGAUCAUCGGGGGCCUCAACGCCAGCACAAGCUACCAGUUCCGUGUCCGUGCCAACUCCCAUGUGCCAGGGGAAUGGAGCCAGCCCUUGAAAGCCAAGACCCUGGGGGACGGAGCGCUGAGUGUGCCGCCCAGCCUGGGCAGCCAGAGCACCGAGCAGGCAGAAAUAGACCAGCAGCUGCUCUUAGCCAUCGUGGGCUCCGUGUCCGUCACCUGCCUCACCAUCCUCUUUGCCCUCCUGGCGCUUUUCCUCAUCAAGAAGAAUUUUUUCCACCGGCGCCGCACCUUUACAUACCAGUCUGGCUCGGGGGAAGAGACCAUCCUGCAGUUCAACUCGGGGACCCUGACUCUGACACGCCGGCCCAAGCCACAGCCCGAGCCCCUCAGCUACCCCAUCCUGGAGUGGGAAGACAUCAAGUUUGAGGACAUGAUUGGGGAAGGCAACUUCGGGCAGGUCAUCAGGGCCAUGAUCAAAAAGGACGGCCUCAAAAUGAACGCGGCCAUCAAGAUGCUGAAAGAGUUUGCUUCAGAGAAUGACCAUCGUGACUUUGCGGGGGAGCUAGAGGUGCUGUGCAAACUCGGCCAUCACCCCAACAUCAUCAAUUUGCUGGGUGCCUGCGAGAACAAGGGCUACCUGUACAUCGCCAUUGAGUAUGCUCCCUAUGGAAACCUUCUUGACUUCCUCCGCAAAAGUCGAGUCUUGGAGACAGACCCAGCCUUUGCCAAGGAACACGGCACCGCCUCCACCCUCACCUCCCAGCAGCUCCUCCAGUUUGCUUCAGACGUGGCCAAGGGGAUGCAGUACUUGAGUGAGAAGCAGUUCAUUCACAGAGACCUGGCAGCCAGGAAUAUCCUGGUGGGAGAAAACCUGGCCUCAAAGAUUGCAGACUUUGGCCUCUCCAGAGGGGAGGAGGUCUAUGUGAAGAAGACGAUGGGCCGCUUGCCAGUUCGCUGGAUGGCCAUUGAGUCCCUGAACUACAGCGUGUACACCACCAAGAGUGACGUGUGGUCGUUUGGAGUCCUGCUCUGGGAGAUCGUCAGCUUGGGGGGGACCCCAUACUGCGGGAUGACGUGUGCUGAGCUCUAUGAGAAGCUGCCCCAGGGCUAUCGCAUGGAGAAACCGCGCAACUGUGAUGACGAGGUGUACGAGCUGAUGCGUCAGUGCUGGCGUGACCGGCCCUACGAGCGCCCACCCUUCGCCCAGAUUUCCAUGCAGCUCAUCCGCAUGCUGGAGGCCAGGAAGGCCUACGUGAACAUGGCCCUAUUUGAGAACUUCACCUACGCGGGAAUUGAUGCCACUGCCGAGGAGGCAUGA